AUGUUAGAAAAAUGGGUGUUGAAGGUGUCAAGUGUAAACAAUUCUCAUAAUCACGGCUUAAGUCUACAAAAGUCGAGGUUCUUUUGCUGCAAUAAAGAAGUGAGCGAGUCUAUUAAAAGAGUGUUAGAUAUAAAUGAUCAGGUUGGGAUAAGAAUAAACAAGAGUUUCGCCUCUCUUGUGCAAGAAGCGAGUAGGUUUGAGAACUUGUCAUUCAAUGAAAAAGACUAUCGUAAUUAUAUUGACAAGGUACGACACAUUCAACUUGGGAAAGGUGGUGUUGGAACCCUCCGUGAGUAUUUUUCUAGGAUGCAGUACAAAAAAGACGAAUUAUUUUCACUAAUGGAUAUGGAUGAUGACGGAUGGUUGAGGAAUGUAUUAUGGGCGCAUGCACAAAGUAAGGCAGCCUGCAAAUAUUUUGGUGAUAUUGUGACCUUCGACACGACAUAUUUGACAAACAGAUAUAGGAUGUCAUUUGCACCGUUUGUUGGUGUAAAAACCAUGACCAAUGAGGAUACAGAAACAUUUACAUAG